GGUACUUUCAUUUCGAGUACGAUUGUAUGUAGUAAAAAGCUUGGCGUUGAGGACGUUAUGUUAUAAUUUAAGGUUUCCGUCACUAUGAUGAAACGGGUUUUUUAAACAAAAUGCGCUACAAAAAACACGGGAAAGACAGUGACAAGAAAAUGCACACGCGAGAAUGUUCAACGAACAGAAACAGAAAACGUGUUCGAGUAACUCAUUUUUAGACUUGCUUUGGUACUGAUAUUUUAUUUUUGACAGUUCCAGGGACCUCGUUCGCGAUUGUUACGGGUUCUAUUUCAGGCGUUUUAAUUUAGAGGAAUUUAUAGCUAGACGCAUAAAUAACAGGUACGUUGUAUUUAUUUUAGCCACAGUACAAGUAGCUUUUACUCCAGCGUCGAUACACUGUACUGUACAUCCGCUCGAGGGAUGGAUCUGCGGGAUAAAAACAGAUCAGAAACGCUUAGGAAACAACCCUGCACAAUCGAAGAACCUUGUGUUUAGCUAACUGGGUGACGGUUGCUAGCGCUUAGCUAGUCUGCAUAAAACAGACCCGUCCAGUGAAACCGGUACCCCAAGUUUCUCUGUUCGGUCCCGCGGACGUCUCUUUAAUCAAAUUAAAGCCUGGUGCUUUUCGUCCUGCAAACCGCGAGCCACUGGGGGUCUUAAACCGUACUUCGCAUGCGAAGGCUUUCCUGUAGUUCCGAUCUCACACACUUCUCUCAAAAAAUCUCCCGCUGUUGAGUCUGUGUGUGAUGCCGAGCCUCCCAAACAUUUUAGAAAUUCGUAACCGGACGUUUUGUGCUCUCAAGAGAAGUAUCUUCACACGCUGUUGAUGGGCGCAGGGAGGUCCACUGACCUAUACAGCAUUUGAGCUUGAAAGGGUCCGGGGACUCUUUCGAUGGAGCCUCAUCCGGAGACCACCGAACUGGACUAAGACGAAAAACAGAGGGGGCACAAGGGCGACAUCUUCAUCGGCGAUGUCUUCGGGACGGCUCCCUGCUUCUGCCGGGGGCGAGGCGCUCCUCUCCGGGAGCCGGACCCGUUCCUACGGCAGCCUGGUGCAUUCAACCCGGUCGCCGGUGCGAGAGAGGCGGGUGGAGCACCAGGUGCAGCCCGGAGAGACGCUUCAGGGACUGGCGCUGAAGUACGGGGUGACGAUGGAGCAAAUCAAGAGAGCCAAUAGGCUGUACACCAACGACUCCAUAUUCCUGAAGAAGUCUCUCUCGAUCCCGGUGCUGACGGACCUGGAGCCUCCGGGGGGCGGGGCGGGGCCGGCGGGCGAGGGGACGAGCCAAUCGCCGGCCGGGGAGCGCGGAGAGGACCUGAAGGAGAACGGCGCGUCCGCCAAUCAGACGAAAGGCGAGCCGGAGGCGCCCGGCACUGGGGUGAACUCGGAGCUGUCGGCCAGAGACUUCCUGGAGAGGAUGGACUGCAUGAUCAGCCAGUCCAAACAGGCAGCCGUGAGGAAGAUGCGGGAGGGAGAGAAGGGCCUGGUGGGACUUGAGCCGGCCGGCCCCCGGAGAGCCUCGGCCAACCGCAGGGCCGAGCUCCGGAGCUCCGCCUCUUCUCCCAGGGUGCACCAGGGGGCCACGCUGGGCCCCGUCCCGCUCACCAUCACCAAGCGCGCCAACGGGCUGAGGGACAGGGAGGACGAGAUCUUCCAGCUCUGACGCCACCCCCGCCCCCCCCCUCGCUCUUCUGUCGCCCCCCUCAGCACGGAGGUCCUGGGAUACCGGUGCCGAGCGGAUUUCUGACUUGUUUUUUGAGGGAAGGAGGGAAGGCUCACACUUGCAUGAGCCCAGGUAGCUCGGCGGGCUAAACCGCUGUCUUGGAUGCCAGAGAUAUGGGAAAUAGAGAGCACAGGACUGAACCCCCCUCCAGCUUGGCAAAGACACACGACGAAGUGUGAAAGGAAGACGUUCGGAAUAGAUCAGCAGCAAACAAACACAACAGCAAACCAGCAUGCCGCCUGACCCAGUCAGUCGUGCUGGAAUCCUCCUUGUUAAAGUACAUCAGAAAGACUCCUUGUAGGUUUUCUGUGUUGAAAUAACUUUUUCGACUUAUUUCGUGACUUCUGUACUUCAGGUCAGAUAUGUUCUGUAGUUCAGGAGGGUAGCUGCAUGCGUAGUCUGCAAAGGAACAAGUAAUAGGUUUACUCCAUGCUGGAAAGAGAAGAGAGAAAACGCAACGUUUCGGCUGUGGAGCCUUCUUCAGGUUGUCUCCCCGAAGACGCCUGAAGACCCUUCUUCAGGCCAACUGAAGAAGACUUCACAGCCGAAACGUUGUGUUUUCUCUCUUCUCUUUUCAGCAGGGAAUAAACCUCUUACUUGUUCCUUUGCAGAUCUGUUCUGUGCUCUGCUGAGGCGAUGCACUGAUUUGUCAGCAUGAAUAACAGUUCGAUGGCUAUUGGCCGUCCUGCAGCCCUGCGGCCUCGCUCCCUGUCUGUGUCCUCGUGGGUCAGUACAGACCUGUGGCCAGAGCUGCAGCCUGUACAAGCCAUUGAGCCAGAUUCUUCAGCUCUGUGCUGCUUAAAGUAGCGUGUGGGUUGGUUUCGUUCCUGAGAUGCAGGGUGUAAGAUCACUUGCACUUCCUAGGAUGGUGCAGGAGAACCGAACCGAUCUCAUUCAUCUGUGCCCCGUCUGGGCUGGUUUGUGCUGUUGAAAGUAGCGACAGAGGUGCAUUAAUUCCGUGGAUAUCACACCUUCCUUCUUCCAGGAGGCGUGUGACUGUUGUUGCCAUUGUAAGGGGGUGGUGAGUGACAUCAUACCCCCCAAAAAAUAAGGUGCUGUGUUUCGGGAACGAAAGCACCUCAGAUGCUACUUCCACUGGCAAAAACUGGCGCAGGCUGAGCGCUGCUGAAUGCGGCGGGUUUCGUUGUUUGUGCUGUUUGUUUGGGGAGCUGUGUCAUGUAACCGAGCUGUCGGGACGUCCCAAACCUGGAUCCACUGGCCUGGGUUGGGUCCGGUCCAGUCUGAGGGACCCUCCUCCUGAGCCUGAGACGGUGCGCUUGAGCCCAGGAGGCUUGUGAGGGCUCGCACAUGCACGGGUUUUAGGUACGUGUUUUUGGAUAUUGAGAGGCAGGAAAAAGACAGACUUUCAGGAAGUUAAAAAGACUGCAUUUACCCUACGGGAUGUUUAAACCCCAAUGCAAAAAUAAAGAAGAAAGCGAUCGAAUCUUUG